UUUCACAUUUCUUUGUCAUUUGAUUUGCGAUCUUUGGAAUACUCUGGAUGAAAACAAAAAGCUUGCAGUUCAACACUACGCUUACAACACUACACCCAGAGAGAGAGAGAGAGGGAUCUGAUUUUGGAGGGAGGGGCAAGAAAAGAACAGCUGAUUCGCUCGGUCCAAUGGAGUAUCGAAAAAUCAAAGAUGAGGUUUUGCCCCUUUUUCUCCUUUUCUUUACUCUAAUCCGUUGAUUACAUGAUUACAGCUUGCAAUCAAUUUAAAUCAACCCUAAUAAACAAAACUUAGCUUCCAUUUCUUGUAUUGUAUCGUAUCGUAUUGUAUCUUCUCAAUCUUAUAAUCAUCGUUUGUCCAAUUCGAUUAUCUGAAAUCUCACAUGCUUCUCUUCCCUCUCUGCUCCAAUACAAUUGAUCAAGUUUUGAUGUAUUCAUUUCUGAUGCCUACUACAACUAGUUGUACUUCUUUUGAUUCAUUCAUCCUAAUUUUCAUUUUUCUUAAACUUAGGCCAUGUGAAUUCCUCUUACUCUUUUCUUUUAUGCUUUUUGAAGUUUUUAUGCUGCUUGCUAAUAAUCUUAUCAACUGUUUUCAUUUUUUGUUGUUGUUGUUGUGAUUUAUUCAAGUUGCUUAACCUUGUGGGUCUUAAGAUCAGGGGCGGAACCUACCAGCCCUAUGAAGAAAAUGCAGGGCCAGAUUAAGCCAGUACAUGGUAGGGGCUGAUUCUGUGUAGAUAGAUAGAUAGAUACACAUACCUAAUACACUUUAGUCGAGUUAUCCCCAUUGAAUAGUCGUAUAUAUGUUUUUUUGGUCUGUCAUUUUCUUUAUGUGCCAAGAAACUUGGAUUAUUUCAAGCACAUUCAGCUCCUUCUGCCUUGUGUUUCCAUUGAUCUAUGGAACUUUUAGGAUAAAGAUGAGGAUGCAAUCAGUGACGAUAUAGACAACUUACUCGGAAAAGCUUUUUCAGGUGGUAUGUUUUCGUUAAAGCUCAAACUUGAACUUGAUGAGCAGCCCGCCCAAUGAGUAACCUAUCAUGCUUUUCAUGUAAUCUGCAUUCCUCUAGUCCUCAUAAUAACUAUUGACCUUGCAGUUCCUGUUGGCAACAUGGCCACCUUAGGAGGCAGCUCUAGUGAACAGUUGAAGUGGAGGUGCAAGUAAGACCCAUUAUUCAAUUCUAAUGCAUCACGCCACUCCUAUUGGCUAUACUCAUUGUCUGGUCCAAGAGAGCUGGAAAGUACGAUUACAGUGUUACAACUGCAAAUUUCAUGCCUUGGUAAGAAUCUGGAGAAAUGAAGGCGUUACUGAUGAUAACAGGUUGAGUACGACAUUGGAUGAAGUUAGUGUAUACCCCAUACCAGCAGCGCUUUACCUCAUAAAAAAUUUGCUUCAGUAUUACAUCUUUGCUUAUGUGGAUGCCCCGGGGUACCAGAUACUGAAGAACCUCAAUAUUAUCAGUACUGGUGUGUUAUACAGAAUUAUUCUUAAGAGGAAGUUAAGUGAGAUUCAGUGGGCUGCCUUCAUUCUAUUAUGUGCAGGGUGCACCACAGCACAACUGAAUCCAUCUUCUGAUCGAGUUCUUCAAACUCCUUUUGAAGGUUGGGUGAUGGCCAUUGUCAUGGCACUUCUAAGUGGUUUUGCUGGAGUUUACACAGAGAACUUCUGGUUAUACGUCUUUGGGAUGGGCUUCAAUGCUAUUGCAAUACUGAUUCAAGAUUUUGAUGCUGUCAUGAACAAGGGGUUCUUCCACGGAUACUCAUUAAUUACAACUCUCAUGAUUCUUAACCAUGCACUAAGUGGCAUUGCUGUAUCGAUGGUCAUGAAGUAUGCUGACAAUAUUUUGAAGGUGUAUUCUACUUCAGUGGCAAUGCUGCUGACGGCAGUUUUUUCUGUGUUCCUAUUUGGGUUUCAUCUCUCCCUCGCCUUUUUCCUUGGCUCCACCAUUGUGUCUGUCUCAGUAUAUUUACACUGUUGGGAAGGCACAAAGAUAGUGAUGACCCUUCGGCUAAGCCAAAUUGCAUUGUCAAUGUACAGGCUAAUAUUCUGCAAUAUAUUUGUUUCUUUUUUGUUUUUCCAACUAAUUUUCUUGAAUUUACCGGUACAAAGCAUCUGUUUAGAUAACACAUGAUCAAGAUUUUAUUUUAUUUUUUCCCUAAUGUAAUAGCUGCCAUUUUUUGGAGAACAAUAUUCUUUUUGACUGUUCAUUAUUUACGACCUUAUGCAGAUUUUUCUUUUAAUAAUUUCGAGCUGUGUAGUCAAGUCUCAUUUUGCUGGUUUUAUCACUUGCUAAAUAUUUGGAGUCUGAUGUCUCCCUGGAUUGUAAAAUAAGUUGGUUAACAAAUGACAAGAUUCAGAUUA